AAUAUAUAUUAACAUUAAUUUGUUUUAGUUGCUGACCUGAUCUAAGAACUGGACGGGGCACAUGGGGCGCUUGACCGACGCAUUUCUGCUGAAUAUUUUGUACAUAAAUGGCCCCGCCCUCUCCGCCUGAAUGCGUCACUGAGGCAUGAUGGCAGGGUAGGGCGAAGUACACGGGUCUGCUUAAAGUCCAGUGUAUGCAUGCGUACACUGGACUUUAGUUGCAUUCAGGUGUACACUGUGUGUGUUCUGGACUGAUGUGUGAGUUCACUGUUAACCCUUCUCUCCACCAUGGCGUCUGUUAACCAUCAUUAUUAUAAUCUUGUAGUUUUUUCUCUUAUACUAUUCUCACUUUACAACUUUAAUCAGUUCAAUAUAAUUUCAGACUAAAAUAUGACGCUGAAUCCGAACUACGAAGCUAUAGGGAAGGCGUUCACGGAGCAAUAUUACCUUAUGUUUGAUAACCCUGCUACAAGGCAUCAGCUCCAGGCCCUUUACAAUGCAGAUCAGUCCCUCAUGUCCUUCGAGGGUCAGCAGAUGCAGGGAGCAGUUAAAAUAAUGGAGAAGAUACAGACACUAACCUUCCAGAAGAUCGCUCAUCUCAUCACAGCUGUCGACUGUCAGCCAAUGUUCGAUGGUGGGAUUCUAAUCAACGUUCUGGGACAGCUGAAGACUGAUGACGAUCCUCCACAAUCCUUUGUCCAGAACUUUGUGCUUAAACCCUCAGCAGAUUCUUUCUUUAUUCAACAUGAUGCGUUCAGACUUGUUCUGCACAAUGUUGCCGCAUAAUACCAUCCUACACCUCAUCAUCAGCUACUGGUGUUCAAUAUUCAACCAUCAACCAACCACCUAUGGACUAAAUUCCUUUUUUGCUUUGUUGACGUGAAUCUUUAUCUACUAUAGUGGAUAAAGGAAAUUGUGAAUAUUCAAGAUUAAAUCAAGUGGAACCUAGAAAAUACCAAAACUCAAAAGUCCGCCGGGAGUAGAAAUAUAAACACGAGUUAAACCAACUGUACAACCUGUACUACGUGAUAAUGUACGGAGUCAAUCAGUUUUUAUUGUACUUCAUCCCCCUUUUAUUAUAAAAUAACUAAAAUACAAUGUAAAAUAUAUUUUUUUAUACAAUUUA